AACAUAGCCACUUAUGUUCACGAAAUAUUUAGUUUCAAGUUUUUGUAUAUAUACUCAAUAUUAGGUGCAUGUCGAUUAAUAGAGAAGUAUAAAAAUACAAAACUCAUAGCAUAUAUAUAAAAACCUUACUAAACUGUAACUCGAUAAUUAAUUUGUUUUCGUGUUGCAUACACAUAAUAUUCUUAUCGACCCAAAUUAAAAUUUUCCCAACUGCUCUCUCCUAAUUGAAAAAGUACCAAUCCUUUCUUUUUUAUUGCCUAUUUUACAAGUGUUUCUCAUUUCUACACAUUAUAUAAACACAUUCAUCUUCUUCACCAUACAUGUCUCUGACCAAUAUUUUCAUACAACAAAAACAAAAAGCCUAAACCAGAAAUGGAAGCCUUAAAUCCUAUCUUAACCGGCUACGCAGUGGCCGCUCUAUCGCUUUACGCUCUUUGGUUCUACUUCCUCUCCCGGAGACUAACCGGUCCCAAAGUCUUACCUAUUGUGGGAAGCCUACCGUUUCUAAUCGCGAAUCGCAACCGAGUCCAUGACUGGAUCGCUGAUAACCUCCGAGCCACUGGCGGCACGUACCAAACAAGCACCAUGGUGAUACCUUUCGUGGCAAAGACGCAAGGGUUUUACACCGUAACGUGUCACCCAAAAAACGUCGAGCAUAUUCUUAAGACAAGGUUUGAUAACUACCCGAAAGGUCCGAUGUGGCGAGCUGCUUUCCACGAUCUGUUAGGACAAGGAAUCUUCAACAGCGAUGGUGACACAUGGCUUAUGCAACGUAAGACCGCAGCGCUCGAGUUCACUACAAGGACUCUUAGACAAGCCAUGGCUCGAUGGGUCAACGGGACUAUCAAGAACCGGUUAUGGUUUAUAUUAGACAGGGCGGUUAAGGACAGCAAACCAGUUGAUCUUCAAGAUUUGUUUUUGAGGUUAACUUUUGACAACAUUUGUGGUCUGACUUUUGGGAAAGACCCGGAGACAUUAUCUCCGGAUCUUCCAGAGAACCCUUUCUCAGUCGCGUUUGACACAGCGACCGAGGCUACUCUGAAGAGGCUUCUCUAUACCGGUUUCUUGUGGAGGAUUCAGAAAGCUAUGGGGAUUGGUUCGGAGGAUAAGCUCAAGAAGAGCCUUGAAAUCGUUGAGACUUACAUGAACGAUGCAAUAGACGCUCGAAAAAACUCCCCGUCUGAUGAUCUUUUAUCGCGUUUCUUGAAGAAACGUGACGUCAACGGUAACGUUAUUCCGACCGAUGUUCUUCAGCGUAUCGCGCUGAACUUCGUCCUUGCGGGUCGUGACACUUCUUCUGUGGCCUUGAGCUGGUUCUUUUGGCUCGUCAUGAAUAACCCUGAGGUGGAGAAGAAGAUCAUUGUGGAGUUAUCAACGGUUCUGAAGGAGACACGUGGGAAUGAUCAGGGAAAGUGGACGGAGGAGCCCUUGGAGUUCGACGAGGCAGAUAGGCUCGUCUACCUCAAGGCUGCUUUGGCUGAAACGCUGCGUUUAUACCCUUCUGUGCCUCAGGAUUUCAAGUACGUCAUAGACGACGACGUUUUGCCCGAUGGGACUUUCGUGCCAAGAGGCUCGACUGUGACAUACUCAAUUUACUCUAUCGGACGAAUGAAAACGAUUUGGGGCCAAGAUUGUCUCGAGUUCCGUCCAGAGCGGUGGCUCACAGCUGAAGGUGACCGGUUCGAGACUCCUAAGGAUAGUUUUAAGUUCGUAGCUUUUAACGCCGGACCAAGGACUUGCUUGGGCAAAGACUUGGCUUAUCUCCAAAUGAAGUCGGUUGCCUCAGCCGUUCUCCUUCGUUACCGGCUGUCUCCAGUUCCCGGUCACCGCGUCGAGCAGAAGAUGUCGCUGACGCUCUUCAUGAAGAACGGGCUACAUGUCUACUUGCAACCUCGAGGUGAGGUGGUUGCGUGAUUUAUAAGUAAGAGCACUAUGGUAAAUAUUUUGGAGGAUAUGUUUUGUCAUUUGACAUUAUAUUUUAUAAGCAAUCUAUUUUACUUUCCUGUAUUUUCUCCACCUACAAAUUAUGUAUUAUGAUAUAUGCAUUUUUGUGACAUUGGUUGUUUAAGUUUGUUCAACUCUCUCGAAUAAAAGUCUGGUAGUUAUACUAAGUAUAAG